CCAGAGCCACCAAAACCUCCACGGAGUAUUCAGGUGGAGUUGAUCAACUACGAUCGGAUGGACUACCAGAUCUCGUGGGAGCCACCAUUACCUCCAAGCGAGUUGUUGAACGCACCUGGUAGUAGUCACCCCAGCGCAAGCAAUUCCUUUACCCGCUACCGCGUAAUGUGGGCUCCAAGAAAAGACGAGCCUGUAGACGCUUCCAUGUACAACGACGAGGCUGGUUUCAGCCCGAUUCCUGAUCUUCAAAACUCGGAUGUACGAGUGGUCGAUAAGAACCAGACAUCACUCAUUCUCCCUCGCCUUCGACCACGGACGGUCUACAUCCUCCGCAUCCAGACCCUCGGACCGAACAGCCUGGGUCGCGGACGCGAAAGCACUCCAGCGGUGCACUACUUCGUCACCCAUGACGAUCGAUUCCGCACCAGUGGACAGGCCGCUCACAACGGACUGUUUAUUGAUGCCUCGCCAGAUGGAGGAGCUACCACACGCCUGACGUGUGCUCCAUGCUUGACACUGCUUCUACUCGUCAUCUGAAGUACGAGUGCAAAUGCCAUUACCUCCUCCUCCAACACCACCUCCACACUGUACAAAACCUCAUUAUUUUUGUCUUCUUCCUCCUCCUCCAUCCCUGCUCCCGCCUCCCACCGCCUCCUCAUUUCUCGCGUUCGCUUAUUCGCUCGCGUGUGUCUUUCAACUGUGAUCUCAACCGCCACCCUAUAA